CCUCGGCGGCUAGCUGGAAGAAGCUAACCCGCUAGUCGGCUAACAGGGGGGGGUCGUUCCGGUUGCGUUGUUGUUGUCAAAGGACCACGUAACGAACGUCUAGCAAUUAAACAGAUUUUACCGAAAACAAGCCGUUUUACUCUUAACGCUCGUGUAUAAGUCACGGGGGGCGAAGGUGAAGUCAACUUUCUCAGAGGGUGCUGCUGUAGUUUGCUGAGAGCACCAAUCUCCGCCCCAAGCCACACGCCUGCACAAACUGCCCGCAGUGUCAAAGAACAGGCAGACAGAGGACAGCCCUUCACACAGACGCUAUGGAUCGCUCGCCCACAACCUCCAGCCUGAUGGCAAGCAACGUCACCAAUAAAACCGACCCACGCUCCCUCAACUCCCGGGUCUUCAUUGGCAACCUCAACACCCUGCUGGUCACAAAGGCCGACGUGGAGGCCAUCUUCUCCAAGUACGGCAAGAUUGUGGGCUGCUCCGUCCACAAAGGCUUCGCCUUCGUCCAGUAUUCCAAUGAGCGGAACGCCCGCGCAGCCGUCGCUGGGGAGGACGGACGAAUGAUUGUUGGACAAGUGCUUGACAUCAACUUGGCUGGAGAACCAAAACCUCACAGGUCAAAGACCACCAAACGCUCUGCCGGGGACAUGUACAGCAGCAGUUCAUCGUUUGACCUCGACUACGACUUUCAGAGGGAUUACUACGACAGAGUUUACUCGUACCCGUCCCGCGUGCCCCCUCCCCCUCCCCCCUUGUCACGGGCUGUGAUUCCGUCCAAGCGGCCGCGGGUCAGCCUCAGCGGCGGAGGAGGUAGCAGGCGGACCAAGACCAGCUUCUCUUCUUCCUCAAAGAGCAGCCAGAGGACGUCCUCAUCCAGAACAAUGAAAGUAGAUGAGCUGCAGACCAUUAAGCGUGAGCUGACCCAUAUCAAAAGCAAGGUGGACUACCUGCUGGAAAGUCUGGAGCGCAUGGAGAAGGACCACAGUAAGAAGUCAGAGGCCAAGGGCAGCAAGGCAGAGCCAGGAGAGGUGACGUCUCCACAGCACCCCAGCCCCAAGAAAGAUGAGGGGAUAAAGAGAGAGAGGGAGAGCCAGGACAUCAACGACUCGGAGGAGGAGGAGGAGGAGGAGGAGGAAGACGAUGGAGACCUGCUUGAGGAGGAAGAGGUGAAGAGCCAAGAACGGGACGAGGAAGAUGAUGAAGAGGAGGAGGAAGGGGAGCACGUGGACGGAGAUGACGAUGGCGACAGUAUCAACGGCGAAGAGGACUCCUAGACAAACGCAGACGGACAUACAGACGCAUAUAUUCACACAGCUCCCAGUGGAAACCCGGACUCCUGUUUUAAUACCUGUGCUGUGAAUACGCAUAGCAUAAACAUUUGCUCACACUCUUGCAUGGUGAAUCUCAACACUGAUGUUGUCCAUCACUCCACAAGCUUAUUUCUUUCUGUUUUGUUGUUUUUAUUUUCUUUACUGUUGUCCGAAACCGCUGUAACAGGGGUUACUAGCUGUAGGUUUCAUUGCGCAUUUAUUUUCUGUUCAUUCAUCUUCUGUCCUUGAGGGCAGAAACACGCGUUCCGAGAAACACAGCGAGACGUGUCUUGGAACAACAAUCCAACUACACAGGACCCAUGAAAUUGUAAGAAACUUGUGUUGUUGUUUUUUUUUUUAAGAAUUAUUUGUUUGACUUUGUGUGCUCUGUAUUCAUUCAUGUCACUGUUUUUAUACUAUUCAGUCUUGGUUGAACUGUCAGUAAGUUCCAAUAAAUAUUGAAAUUGGAUAUAG